ACCACAACGGCGGCGGGAGGCGAUGAAGAGCGCCCGGGCCCGGAGUUCCUGAGGGGGCCGAGCCGGGCCGGGGGGGUCGGCGGAGCGCCCCGAAGGCGCCAUGGCGGCCAAUAUGUACCGGGUGGGCGAUUAUGUCUACUUUGAGAAUUCCUCCAGUAACCCCUACCUCGUGCGCCGUAUCGAAGAACUCAACAAGACGGCCAACGGCAAUGUAGAGGCCAAGGUGGUCUGCCUUUUUCGGCGGCGUGAUAUCUCCAGUAGCCUCAACAGCCUCGCUGACAGCAAUGCCCGAGAAUUUGAAGAAGAAUCAAAACAGCCUUCUGUGUCAGAGCAGCAGCGGCACCAGCUAAAGCACCGUGAGCUCUUCCUGUCGCGCCAGUUUGAGUCUCUGCCUGCCACCCACAUACGGGGGAAAUGCAGCGUGACGCUGCUCAACGAGACGGACAUUCUCAGCCAGUACCUAGACAAAGAGGAUUGUUUUUUCUACUCGCUGGUCUUCGACCCAGUCCAGAAGACUCUCCUGGCUGACCAGGGCGAGAUUCGGGUAGGCUGCAAGUACCAGGCAGAGAUCCCUGAGCGGCUGGCAGAAGGGGAAUCCGACAACCGGAACCAGCAGAAGAUGGAGAUGAAGGUGUGGGAUCCUGACAACCCUUUAACUGACCGGCAGAUCGACCAGUUCCUGGUGGUGGCUCGAGCCGUUGGCACCUUCGCUCGGGCCCUCGACUGCAGCAGUUCCAUCCGGCAGCCCAGCCUCCACAUGAGUGCGGCUGCUGCCUCCCGGGACAUCACGCUGUUCCACGCAAUGGAUACAUUGCAGCGCAACGGCUACGACCUGGCCAAGGCGAUGUCGACGCUGGUGCCCCAGGGGGGCCCCGUGCUGUGCAGGGACGAGAUGGAGGAGUGGUCCGCUUCGGAAGCCAUGCUCUUUGAGGAGGCCCUGGAGAAAUACGGCAAAGACUUCAACGACAUCCGGCAGGACUUUCUCCCGUGGAAGUCCCUGGCCAGCAUUGUGCAGUUCUACUACAUGUGGAAAACCACGGACCGAUAUAUCCAGCAGAAAAGGUUGAAAGCGGCUGAAGCUGACAGCAAGCUGAAGCAGGUGUACAUCCCCACCUACACGAAACCCAAUCCGAACCAAAUCAUCUCUGUGGGCUCCAAGCCCGGCAUGAACGGAGCUGGCUUCCAGAAGGGGUUGACCUGCGAGAGCUGCCACACUACCCAGUCAGCACAGUGGUAUGCUUGGGGUCCCCCCAACAUGCAGUGCCGUCUCUGUGCCUCCUGUUGGAUCUACUGGAAGAAAUACGGGGGCCUGAAGACCCCAACACAGCUUGAGGGAGCGGCCCGCAGCGUCACGGAGCCACACUCCCGGGGCCACAUGUCCCGGCCGGAAGCCCAGAGCCUCUCGCCAUACACGACCAGCGCCAAUCGGGCAAAGCUCCUGGCAAAGAACCGGCAGACCUUCCUGCUGCAGACCACCAAGCUGACCCGCAUUGCACGCCGCAUGUGCCGGGAUAUCCUGCAGCCUCGGCGAGCCGCCCGGCGUCCUUACGCCCCCAUCAACGCCAACGCCAUCAAGGCUGAAUGCUCCAUCCGGCUUCCCAAGGCCGCCAAGACGCCCCUCAAGAUCCACCCUCUGGUGCGGCUUCCCCUGGCUACCAUUGUCAAGGAGCUAGCCGCGCAAGCCCCCUUGAAACCAAAAACCCCCCGCGGCACCAAGACGCCCAUCAACCGGAAUCAGCUGACCCCGAACCGAGGCUUGGCUGGCAUCGUGAGCAAGCGAGCAUACGAGAGUGUGGCAGGGGGCGGGCUCCCCUUCUCGGCCAACGGGCGGCCCAUGACUUCCGGAAUGAGGUCGAGCGCUCAGCCCGCCAUCAAGCGUCAGAAGCUGAACCCGGCCGACGCCCCCAACCCUGUCGUUUUUGUGGCUACCAAGGACACCAGGGCACUCCGCAAGGCCCUGAGCCACCUGGAGAUGCGCCGGGCUGCCCGCCGGCCCAACCUGCCGCUCAAGGUGAAGUCGGCGCUGCCCCUCCGGCCUGUGGUGGCCCCCCUGGUGCCCGUGCCCCCAGCCCAUCCUGCCAGCACCAGCGAGCCCAUCAUCCUGGAAGACUGAGUGCUGUCGCUUCUCUGGCACCCCCUCUAGGAUCCUUGUAGCCAUCUCACCCGACACCGGCUCCCCUUUUCUGUGUCCGAGGCCUACCUGGCAGAGGGAACUUCAAAGCUCCAGUUGCCAAGUAUUUGCUGGGAUUGGGUCAGGCAGCAGGGGACAUCUCUUCCCCCACCCCCAAGGUGUAUUAUCCUGGACGUCCUUCAUGCUCCUUUUUAUAUAUAUAUAUAUUUUAAUUUCCACAUUUGACCUUUUUUUUUAAAACCCUGCCCCCCCUUGCUGACAAUUCAGACUUGCGCACAAAGCUGGCCUCCCCCACCUCCCUCCCAGGGCAACACAAUAAACGUAGGUUGCACCCUCCUCCUUGGGGGUGGGGGAGAGACUGUAAGGGGGGGCAUGGAAUUAGAGGAACACAGAACCUCUUUCUAAGUUCCUCUUACCCCACCCCUCAGCAGCUAUUUUUCCUUCCUUUUUUCUGUCUGCGUGUCUCUUCUUUUGGGUGUGUCUUUUUAAAGCUGCCCUCUGGUCCCACUUACUCACGUAUUUGGGAAAGAGGGGCAGUCCCAGUCAACCUGGCUACCCCUGUACCUUCCCACCCCCAUCCACCCUAGCCUUUGACGAGCCCAUUUUUUGUACAUGGUUUGGAGAGGAAAAGUCAGGUUUUUUUAAGUCAGCCUCUGGUUCUUAUAGCAACAAAAAAAAAUGAAUAAAUGCUGUUUUCUUCACA